GACCUCAGGGGCUGUGUGGUGCAGCGGCCACGGCGGCCUGAGGGUGCUCUGAGGCCCUGAGCCAGGGAGGGGAGGCCAUUUUCCUGGAGAAGAGACCACACCCCAGGUCAGCCUACUUCUCAGCUUCCCGCAGACAAUGCCGUGGAAGCUGCGGGCCCCACACCCCCCAAGCGCCUGGCCCGGGCGUGGGCUGCUCCAGCUGGCCCUGGUGGCCGCUCUGCUGCCAACUGUUCUCGGCAGCUGUGACACCCCUCCCAGUGUGUUCUUCGCCUUGCCCGUCAGCGAGCUGAACCAGAGCAGCUUUGAAACCGGGACAGUCCUGAAGUACAAGUGCCGGCCUGGCUACAGCAAGAGCAGCUCCAGCACGCAGCUCACCUGCAAGCCCAGCGGCCAGUGGAGCUACAGCACCUUCUGUGUCAAGAAGAAAUGCAGAAACCCUGGGGAGUUGGCCAAUGGGCAGGUGAUCGUCAAGUCAGACCUCUCCUUUGGAUCGCAAAUCGAGUUCAGCUGCUCAGACGGAUUUCUUUUGAGCGGUCCGACCAGCACCUACUGUGACAUCCAGAACAACAUUGUAGAUUGGACUGACCCCUUCCCGGAAUGCAUCAUUGCCAAGUGCGAGGCCCCUCCAGAAAUCCCCCAUGGAAAGCACAGCGGAGAGGAGGACGACGUGUACACUUACGGCUCGUCUGUCACCUACAGCUGCCACCUCGGCUACUCACUGUUGGGUCAAGCCUCAAUCUCCUGCUCCGUGAAGAACAAGACCCUCAGUGUCUGGCACCCAAGCCCCCCUGAGUGUCGAAAAAUCAGAUGUCCCACCCCAAAAGUUGAAGGCGGAAUUGUGGUCACCGGGUUUGGACCCGUCUACACUUACAAGGACUCCAUCGCAUUCCUCUGCAACAGAGGCUUUGACCUCAGAGGCAGCAACAUCAUCCACUGUGAGGCAGAUAACAACUGGAACCCUCCUCCUCCAGUCUGUGAGCCCAAUAGCUGCAUUGGUGUCCCAGAAGUUGCCAAUGGUUUCUGGGUGAGAAACCACUACUAUGCAGACGACAGCGUGUUUGAAGUGGGCACUGUGCUGACCUUAACCUGCAACCAGGGCUUCAGGGCCAAGGCUGGGGGGGAGACCAAGGUUAGGUGCCAGAGGGACCUGACCUGGAGCGCCCACACCACGUGUGAAGAGGUCUGCUGCCCGGAGCCAGAGCUGGAGAACGGCAGGAUCACUGGGUCCAGGAGAAGUGGCUCCCUCUGUCACUACCGGGCAGGAGACAGCAUCUCCUACACCUGCUAUGAGAUGUACAGCUUCGAGGCCCAUUGCACGCAGAACGGCAGGUGGAACCCGGAUAUGCCCACCUGUGAAGCCCAUAGCUGCAACUUCCCCCCUGCAAUUGCCCACGGAAGGCACAAACGGUCCAGACACUUUUUUGUGACGAGGGUCAUCUACGAGUGCGACCAAGGCUACUCUCUGGUGGGUCCCGAGGAGCUGACCUGUGGCAAUUCCGGCUGGCCAAAGACACUGCCCCAGUGCAAAGCUCAGUGCCUAAAGCCGGUCAUUCCUCACGGGGCUAUGUCCCCUGAGAAGGCCCAGUACCAGGAACCCGAGGUGGUCGAUGUGCGCUGUGACGCUGGCUACCAGCUGGUCGGCCCCCAGACCAUCAGCUGCUCUGAGAACAGAACCUGGUCCCCUCAGCUGCCCAGGUGUGAGUGGGAGAUGCCCGUGGGCUGUGAGCAGGUGCUGGCCGGCCAGAGGCUCCUGCAGUGUCUCCCAGACCGUGAGGAGGUCAGGCUGGCCCUGGAGGUGUACAAGCUAUCCCUGGAGAUCCGGCGGCUGGAGGAAGCCCCUCCCCCUGGGGAGCUGCCCGUGCUCGCCGCGCACUGACCUUCCCUCCCCUCCCACAGGGGCGCUGGCCCCGGGGACCCCCAAUAAAGAGCUGCACGCCAA